GGUCAUUGGUGUACGCGUGACGAUGGGCGGGGCCAAGCAAGUGACACACGGCAUACAGAAAACUUUGAGCAACAUGCUAACUUUGGAUCUGUAAGGCUAUAUUACUAGCUUGACGCGGCAUGUCAGAAUUGCUCGAAAAGAUGCAAUGCAGAGCAGAGGACGAGGGAGACCUCUGCAGACUGGCGAGGGCGAGUUCACUGCUGUUGAACAGAAAAAAUGAAAUCAGCGCGCGGCUGCAACAGUUUGUGGAGGAAAGGAUGCAGACCACCAUGCUCACCGGUGUGCUGAUUGGAGCAGCAGUCGCCGUCUCACUGAUCGGUAUUGUGGUGCUUUUCCUUUACAGGAGAUUCAAGCUCGCUCGUGCAAAACAGCCGGGUGUACCUCAGUAUCGCUUCAGAAAACGAGAUAAAGUGCUUUUCUAUGGAAGGAAGAUAAUGCGAAAGGUCCAGACGCUGUCAUCGAUUCCUCCCAACUCUGCCUCAGUAGCGAAGCAACCGCAGCGCAUCCGCAAAAGAAGCAAAGUUCUAAACCUAGCUAGCAAAAUCCUAAGGAUCGGCAAAGAUCCUCCCACCCUGCAGCCUAAGGAACCCCCUUCCUCUCUGCUGGAGGCUGACCUAACAGAGUUUGAUGUGCAGAGCUCAAACAUGCCCUCCGAGGUCCUCUACAUGUUGAAGAAUGUCAGAGUCUUGGGUCACUUUGAGAAGCCCCUGUUCCUCGAGCUGUGUCGCCACAUGGUGUUUAUCGAACUGCAGGAGGGUGAAAGUCUUUUCCAGCCAGGAGACAAUGACGAUAGCAUUUUCGUGGUCCAGGAUGGACGACUCGAGCUCUGCAUCCACGAGAAGGAUGGCACUGAACCCGUGGUGAAGGACGUGCUCGCAGGGGAUAGCGUCCACAGCUUGCUCAGUAUUUUGGACAUCAUCACUGGUUAUCCGGCUCCAUAUAAGACCGUGUGUGCACGGGCUGCAACUCGCGCAACCAUCUUACGUUUACCCGCAUCUGCCUUUGAGUCCGUGUUCGAGAAGUACCCAGAGACACUUGUUCGCGUCAUUCAGAUAAUCAUGGUGCGCCUCCAAAGAGUCACCUUCUUGGCGCUGCAUGACUAUCUGGGCCUAACGACGGAGCUCUUCAAUCCGGAGUCUUGGGCGGUGCCCUUGUCCAACAUAAACAGUGUGAUGGCCGAUGGGACCACUGUGAAGACGACUCGUCGCUUGUACUUCCAGGACGAGUUACCGACCGGGUUAACGGAGAGCUCCUCAGAGACAGAUGGCGUAAACGACAGUCCUUCAAGCAGCCGCAGGAAGCUGCGUUCCACCUCGAUGCCCACCGACUGUUCAGGUAAUGACCUGAACAUGGCUCGUGAGCGAGCUCGAGUCGCUAUGGAUGAAGCUUCAAGUCCUGUGACUCCCAAAUCAAGUCUGAAGAAAAGCGUGACAGUGCAGCAAAUCCCCACCGAAGUGUUUCACUGCACCGACAGCGGGGAGCACUCUGAUUCCACCAACUGCAAUAAGAGUGGCGCAAUCCUCCAGGCCGCUAAGAAGGACCUGCUAGGAAUCAUCCAGCUGCAGAACCCCAGCCUGCUAGAUGGCAGAGUGACCCUCCGUCAGGUCAAAGCUGGCGCUGUGGUGGCUUGUCAGGGAGACCAGGAGGUGAGCAUCCAGUUUGUGAUCUCCGGCCUCCUCCACGUUUACCAACGGAUGAUCGACCGCGAAAAAGAGACGCGUCUGUUUGUGACGCACCCCGGAGAGCUGGUCGGUCAACUUGCCGUUCUGACCGGAGAGCCCCUCAUAUUCACUGUUCGAGCCCUGCGCGACUGCAGCUUCCUCUCCAUUUCCAAAACCCACUUCUAUGAAAUAAUGCGCGUGGAGCCAAAGGUUGUGCUGAAUGUUGCUCACACCGUGGUGAGAAGGAUGUCGUCCUUCGUCAGACAGAUAGACUUUGCUCUCGACUGGAUGGCUGUGGAGGCGGGCAGAGCCGUCUACAGGCAAGGAGAGAAAUCCGACAGCACUUUCAUAGUGCUGAGUGGUCGACUGCGCUCUGUAAUCCUGAAGGAAGACGGGAAGAAGGAGCUCAUAGGAGAGUACGGACGCGGCGACCUCAUUGGAGUGGUAGAGACCCUAACCCAUCAGAACAGAGCCACCACAGUGCAUGCUGUACGGGACUCUGAGCUGGCAAAGUUACCAGAAGGAGCUCUCAGCUCCAUCAAGAGAAAAUUCCCACAGGUUGUCACCAGGUUGAUCCACUUACUGGGACAGAAGAUCCUGCAGCAGGUCAACGGUCCUCUGACAGCUCGCAGUUUGGCCCUCCACACUCCUGGCAGUAAGUGGGAUGUAGGGAGCCAGGCCUCCAAUCUUUCCACUGUGACAGUCCUGCCGGUAUCAGAAGAAGUCCCUCUGACGGCCUUCACCCUGGAGCUGCAGCAUGCACUCAUAGCAAUUGGUCCUACUCUUCUGCUCACCAGCGACGUUAUCAAACUGCGGCUUGGAGCUGCAGCACUCGACAGUGUCCAUGAGUAUCGUCUGUCCAGCUGGCUGGGCCAGCAGGAAGACCUCCAUCGCAUCGUUCUUUACCAGACUGACUACACGCUGACCCCGUGGACACAGCGGUGCAUUCGUCAGGCUGACUGCAUCAUCAUUGUGGGAGUAGGGGACCAGGACCCUGCUGUUGGGGGGCUGGAGCGCAUGUUGGAAGGAAGUGCAGUGCGGGCCCAGAAGCAGCUUGUGCUUUUGCACAAAGAAGACGGCCCCCCACCCAAAGGAACUGUAGACUGGCUCAACAUGCGGAGCUGGAUCUCCAGACACCUCCACCUCUCGUGUCCCAGAAGGGUCUUCUCGAAGCGGAGUCUUCCCAAACUGUUGGAGCUGUAUCAACGUGUGUUUGAGAAGCCAGCAGACCGUCACUCCGACUUCUCGCGCCUGGCUCGAGUCCUUACAGGAAAUGUUAUUGCCCUCAUACUGGGAGGAGGAGGGGCCAGGGGCUGUUCCCAGGUGGGCAUAAUGCGAGCUCUCUGCGAAGCCGGCAUCCCAGUGGACCUUAUUGGUGGCACCUCUAUCGGUUCCCUGAUGGGGGCACUAUAUGCCGAGGACCGCAGCCACAGCCGCAUGAGGAUGAGGGCCAAAGAAUGGGCGAUGGAAAUGACAUCCGUGUUUAAGAAGUUCCUGGAUUUGACGUACCCAGUCACCUCCAUGUUCUCCGGUGCGGCCUUCAACUCCAGCAUUAGCAAUGUGUUCAAGAGCAAACAGAUUGAGGAUCUACGGAUUCCGUAUUUCAAUAUUACGACUGACAUCACUUCCUCUGCCAUGAGAGUACACACUGAUGGGUCUCUGUGGCGGUAUGUUCGUGCCAGCAUGUCGCUGUCUGGCUAUCUGCCUCCGCUCUGCGACCCCAAAGAUGGCCACCUGCUGAUGGACGGAGGCUACAUCAACAACCUGCCUGCUGAUGUGGCGCGCUCCAUGGGGGCCAAAGUGGUGAUCGCUAUUGACGUGGGCAGCCGGGAUGAAACCAACCUCACUAAUUACGGCGACUCGCUCUCCGGCUGGUGGCUGCUAUGGAAACGCCUCAACCCUCUAGCUGAGAAAGUAAAGGUGUUGAACAUGGCAGAGAUUCAGACUCGGCUGGCCUACGUGUGCUGUGUCAGGCAACUGGAGUCUGUGAAGAGCAGCGACUACUGCGAGUACAUCAGACCUCCAAUCGACAGAUACCGAACACUGGAGUUUGGCAAGUUUGAUGAGAUUGCUGAGGUGGGCUACCAGCACGGAAAGACUGUCUUUGACGUGUGGAUCCGCAGUGGAGUGGUGGACAAAAUGUUGAAAGACCGACACCAGGAGGAGUUCCACAACACCCAAAGCAAGAACAAUGUGGUCUCAUGUCCCAAUGCUUCCUUUACUGACCUGGCGGAAAUUGUGUCCCGCAUCGAGCCCGUCAAACCUGCUCUGGUGGAUGAGGAGUCUGACUACCACACUGACUAUGACGAGGAGGCAGUGGAGAGCGCUCUGUCUGACAUGGAGCUAUACAAUCGCCCCGGAGAGCACACUGAGGGGGAGGAGACUGCUGACACGGAUGAAGAGCUGGAAGGGAGACGUGCACAAGACACGGCCUCACUCUCCAGCAGCCGUCCCCUGACUCCCACAGUCUCCGACAGUCCGUCAAGCAGACAGCCCAUUAAGUGAAGACCAGUCUCAUGAGCUCAGUCCGAUCAGGUCUUCACAAUUCCACCUGCCCGUUUCGCCCAAUUCCGUCCCACAUGACUGAAAAAAAACUUAUCUGCUGCCCUUGAGCCUGUCAGAAUGACCGCAUUCACCACGCUGGCCUCGAUACACAGGAGGGCUGACAACAGGCGACACAGGCAGCGAGUGUGACAUUUCCUCAGAAAUCCAAACACUAUGCAUUCCUCUAAUCCAAGAGCAGCUGCAAAUCUGAUCAUUUAUUUCAGUGACAGCCAAGACUACCUUGUAACUUUACAUGACUCGCAACAGUCCAGUGCAAGAUAGAACAUUCUAUUCAAUGAAAUAUGUUAGAUUUAACCAGCUGAGAACUUUUGGUUGAUAACACUCCGACAGAUGAAGAGUUCCAGCUACGUUUCAGAUAGUUAGUCAGUUCAUUUCAAUUAGAAAACAACUUUUUCUCACUGUUAACUGUACAAAGUGGUUGUUUGGAAAUAUAUUCUGGAGACUUUUCCACACACAAUGUAUAAAGAUUACAAAACAUCUAAAGUUUGCCCUUUUCUUUUGAAAUUCAGAUACAAACACAAAUUAUCAACUUGACUAGAAACCACGACGGCCGUAGGAAAGGCGCUCAGUGGCUACUUCAACAGGUACAUCGGUACAGUCAAUUUUUACAAAUUCAUGUUGUACAGCCCAAAUUUGCGUAAGUGGGCUUUCGGUCUGUUGAAGAUGUGAGAAUUAAAUUAUAUUUAUUAGAGGUCACAGGUGUUGUUGUGCUGGACUACAUUAUAUUACGGGGUUUCUCUGUACAUACAAUACAGUCCAGGACAACAACACCACCACCACUCGGACAGUGUCAAGGGCACAACAGUUGUAUUGGCGCAGACCUGAAGAAGUGGCAUUGCACUUGAAAAAUCCCAAACUUUUUGUGUUUUUAACAUUCAGUCAUAAUCUACAUUUUAAAAUCCGAAAGGAAGCAAAACAAGCAGCACGCACUCCUGCCGCGGCUGUCGCGCAGCUUUCGGUGUGCCGGGGAGGGAAGGAAAGAUCGCAAUGCACUUCAAAGCGCUUGUUACCCGCUCAGCUGGCGAGAGAGCCCCCUCCCAUCUGUUAUCAGGACCGGAUUUAUCAGACAGACAGCGUGGAUCUGCUGGGAGAGCCCUGAAGCGCUUCUCGCGUCACUACAGCUGAGGCACAGGGACGUGUUGUAACAGAAGUUAUUUGGCUUGCACACGUUUUUAGUUUUUUUUUCCCUCUGAUUUGCAACUGGCAUCAACAUUAUCCGAUGCCAACAUAUAUUCAAAAAGGCAACUGCAGAUUGUAUUAUUUAACCCAAGUAUGUAAACGAGCUAGGCCCUAGGUGAUUUUAAACACAAGUUAUCUAGCCUUGUUUAAUCUGCCUGUGUCACUUUUAAUGAUUUUUGUCUCAACUUUAUUCACAACUAGAGCUGCAUAUUUUCAAUGUUAAUGUUCGAGUGAUCCAUCUUUUGGCCAAUUGUGUAAGGAAAAGUGAAAAAUUGAUUAAAAUUUCUUAGUGCCCAAUAACUAUCAGAGCCCCAGCAACAUUUGAGGAGUCUUUCAAAUGGUUUCAGGUAUAAUUUAUCAAAAUAUAUACAUUUAAAAACAAAACUUUUUAGGGUUGUUAUGCAAUUUCCUGUUGCUUGGAAGCCAACGCACAUUGAAAUGCAACAAGCCAAUUUAUCCGUCUGCCUCCAAUAAUAAGGAUAUCAAUGCGAAUUCUUUAAUGACAUUUUCUUUUCACUUGACAAAGCCCCCUGUGAGCCUCACAGUAUGAAGCUGUGAUCUCCGCUGAUACUGGUGCUACGGUUCAUGCUGCCUUACACGCGUACAGAGAGAAGAAACCCUGUGAUGCGCAUAUGGUGGUUUUUUUUAAAUGCAGAUGGAAUGUGGGAGCGAAGCAGACGUUCGUAGUUGACCGAUGAAGUAAUGGUGUUUUGUCGUACCUUUUGGGUGGUUUCCAAAAACCGAGCACAAUGAAUCAAUGUUGUCUGGCAGAAUGAAUGUUUUACUACUUUAUUAAAUGGGACAUGGUAAUGGAUGAAGUGCUGAUGUAAUGUGUGGAACUGUGCCAUAAAGUUAAUGUUACAAAGCCUUAGAUGACCCGUACGGGAGGGAAACACAGUGGAAUGAUGAAUGUUUACCGUUAAGCCUGCACUGUAUUGCAUCUACUUUUCUAUACUUCAAAGAGUUGUUGAUAAUCAAUAGUUACUAAUAAAAGUUUUUUUGUGUCUUUCA